AUGGUCAACAUCACAGCUUCUCUCAUGACUCUUCUGGCAGUCGCCUCCUUCGUCGCAGCUGCUCCUGCUCCAAUUGAGCCCCAAUCAGAUGUCCCUGCCAACAUUCUCGAGAAACGUGCUGUGAGCUGCAGAGACGAUGGUCCCAGUGGCUGGAAGAGAGGAUCAGUAUGCGAUUCGUCGCCAACCACGCGGUUCAAAUGGCUUGCUGACACAGACGAUCGCAGUNCCGCAGACGCAGCAAGAUGUAUAACUGAGCUUGCAGCCCUCGGUGGCCAGGCCUGCACGGCAGGUGUCUCAGGUACACUCUUCAAGAAGUGUGGAAACACUAUCAUCCACGGACAGAAUGUUUGUGCUCCUUCUGAGGGAGCGACAGCAACAGCAACUUGCCAGGAAGCUGCGCGUGGUGCAGGUCUCAUUAUGGACCAAUGCUCCAGAGGUGAUGGCACUGUGAUGGGCGAGAACCACGCUUGGGCAAGCAGGUGUCUGUUGAUUCAUAUUCUUGCAGAGUAA